AGAAAAUCUGGCUAUUUGUCUUCUUCGCUUGUUAUCGUCUGCAGUGCUCGUAAACUUUUAAAAAGGAUUUUUCUUCAUAGUUACUGAUGAUGAAUUCUAAGUUUAGUAGAUUUAUAUGGAUGCAAUAGAUUUAUAAAUAUUACUUUUGGAUUUAUAUUUAAAAACGCAACCAUUCAACUUCUUAUUACUCGGCGUUUAAUUUUAUUUAUAAAUGAGCUGUAUAUCGUUAGUUGCCAACUAAUUCCUUUUUCGUAAGUUUUUGUUUUUAAAUUUUGUAUAAAUUAGUAACUUAUAAAACAUUUAGCACUCAUCCCUAAGCGUGAUGGCGUUUUCUAAAUCAUUAUCAACCUUCAUAUUCUUAAUAUGGAUGCGAAGUUUGCCAGGACUAUUACUUAUAGUAGCUGGCGAAGCUACCACAGCUUCUACGAAAGAGGUUGAAUUCAUCGGUUGGAAACCAGUGGGGAAAUCUGAAUCUUUAAGCACGUCAGAGUUUGCCGAAAAGUAUCCAGACAUUAAAAAGGAAAAUGAAUCUGAUAGCGAGACAGCCGAAACUCGAAAAAGCUUUGUUCUGGUAUAUCCUCCACGACAGCAAUCCUCACCUGCGGAAGAACAUCAAAAUCUCAGGGAUCAGAAAAAUCAUGAGCGUUCCAAUGGAGGUCCUCCUCUGAGAGCAUAUCCUACACAAACAAGAUACCACCGACAGAUGUUGAACUUUGCAGCUUCUGAAGGAGGCAACAGAAGAGCUCCUGGAGUUUACCACAGAACGAAAUUUCCACCUGUAGCAAAUCCCCCUCCUUUACCACCUCAUGCCGUCAGACAGAAAACAAAGCCAGUACCAAACUUUCAACCUGAAUCUACAUCUCAGCACCAAGUGCAAAUUCAAUUGCUUGAUGGAUACAUUGUACCACCAGCAGGAGGAGCUCAAAACACAUAUGCAAAGGAAAAACCGUCACCAUUAGCAACUUUUCCACUGAAUCUUAACAAUGUUCCAGAAAUAAGAUUAUUAUUGCCUAAUGAUGUCCAACAGCAAUUAGCAGAUUUGAGAAUAUCCAUACCUCAACAGGAGCAGGCCUCCAAACCAUAUCCAGAAACUCCAAAUAGAGGACCAUCCAAUCAUGGAAAUGAAGGAUAUCGCGGAGGAGAAGGAAAAAUACCUAGUCCAACUUUCGAAUCCCAAAGAUAUCCUGAAAAAAAUUACGACAAGCCUCAAGAUACUCCUCUGAAACCUAACUAUAACCAAAACAAUAAUCAAAAUCAACCAGAUGAAGGAUUCUCCCAACCAGAUCCUAAUCAUUUUGCCAAUGCAGUGAACUUUCCUGGUCCUAACUUUCAAGAUGCAACAAACAACUACGGGCAAGCCUAUUCAAAUGAACAACAACAUCAGGGUGGAAAUGAAGCCAUACACAACCAAAAUUUCCAAGUAGAUUCAAGGGUUCCUUUGAAACACCAAAACUAUGGCAAUGACGGUAAUUCAAAUCAAAACCAGUAUAAUAAUGACUUCCAACUGGACGCCAGGGCACCAACUAAGACUCAAAGCUUUUCAAGUGGCCAAAGGGAUUAUUCCCACAAUACGAGGAAUUAUCAGCACAACAAUGGGCAACAGUUUAAUCAACAAAAUCAUCGAGGUGGAGGAGGAUUUCCUCCUUUUUCCAACGAAGUGCAAAGAGGGGCUAGAGGCGAGAGUUUCAGACCUCUUUCGAAUGGAAAUUUUCCACAAAAGGUAAACUACAACAACGCUCAAUCUGUAAAAGGUGGCCAGCAAAUUGGAAACAACCAGUACAAUUCAAAUCAGAACUUGGGACAAAAUGCAUGGAGGGCCCAACAACCCAACAGAGGCAAGAUAAACAACAACAACAGAGUAAUUCCAAAUGAAAAACACUUCUACAAUGUCGAUUCAAUCAAUAAUAAUCAAAAUAUCAAAACGCAAACAGGAUUUCACAGCACGCAGCAAAAUAUUAAUUACAACGUCGCUGGAGGAGGUCAAACUGGUCAAAAAGCCACGGGAACGUCAUAUAAUCAAGCCGAUUCCAAUCAGGGAGGUUUUGAACAGCAAAAGAUAUUGGAUGAUGGUAAUGUGUACGAUGGUACACAAUCUUCUAGUGGUUCACCAAUUUCUACGACUCAGUUCACGCAACAAGUGCUAGAUGAUGAUAGAAAUACAACGCAAGGAAACGCGGUUGACGGAGUGUAUUUUGUGCCACAGUUGCCAACUCAAGACGAUGUACAGACUCAAAUAACUUCUUUGGAUGUUUCAACUCCAGAAGAUGCAUCCGUAGGAACAGAAACCGUGUCAACAAAUACAGUGAGAGAAAACACGCCUGUAACACAACAAGAGGAAUUUGAAACAUCAAGCGAUGGAAUCACUGGAAGUUCGGGUAUUAGCCGACAAAUUAGCAAUUUGGUUGACCAAAACAAUUUCUGCGAUUGUUCUCAAAACUGUGCUCCAAUUCAGAGAUUGCCAUCCGAGAACUUUGGAUCAUCUAUUAGAGAAAUUACAAGGUCAUUAAAUGCUGAUGCCUUUUUUGAGUUUGUGGGUCUUUCUGACGAUGAAAUUGAGUCCAUGCUCUCUAAUACAGGGUCCUACACGUUAUUCGUUCCAUCUAAUGAAGCCGUGUCAAGACUGCCAUCCAAUUUAAUAGAUCAAUGGAGGCAAAACAAUCCAGAUUUUACGACGGCAUUGUUGAACCACGUGAUUCCAGAUGCAGUCUCUUUGAGUCAAUUGAAACAAGGCGGUAGGCUUACAUCAAGAGCAAAUGAAGCAACCAUUUUUGUCAACAAUUACAACAAUGAAGCUGUCACUAUCAAUGGUCAUCGUAUUAUCUAUGGCGACGUCACUGCACCCAAGGGAGGGCUCAUUCAUGUCAUUGAUGGUACUCUAUGUCCAGUUGCUGACCAAGACAUUAUUAGCACCCUGCGGACAUGCAAUAAGUACGACGGCUUCCUUACUUUAGCCGACGUCACUAAGUUACUGGACACAAUGCGAGAUGAUGGUCCAUACACUGUCUUUUUACCCAGCAAUGAAGCUUUGACAAAAAUUCCUUCGGAUGAAUUAAAUGUUCUUAAAGAAAACGUCACUCUGUUAAGAGAAUUUUUAGAUUAUCAUGUUGUACAAGGUGCCUUCUUUAGCGGUGAUUUGAAAGAUGGUCAAUACCUUACAACACUUCAUCAGAGGCAACCUAUCAGAGUGGGUGUUCGAGUAGAUGGUUGUUACAGGCGACUUGUAGAUGCUAACAACUCACCCGUUUUCAAGGCAGACAUUCCAACAAAGAAUGGUGUAGUCCAUGUUAUAGAUUGGAUCUUGAGACCGGCUGACUUGAACUGGUGCGAGGGUGUAAUAUUUCCUUGAAAACUCUUUCACACAUCUCAUGAACUGCAAUUCAUCAUCUUAUCCAUUUGCAUUGAAGCAGCCCACCAGUAUUUUGCACUUAUUCAUGUUAAUUAACACUCGCCAUAUGAUUUUAGUGUAAAUAUGGUGGUUAUUAAAUAUUUAUUCAUGAGAGAAGAAAUGAGAGAUUGAACUCAAGCAGUGCUUAAGUACAAGGAUUUCUUAAUUUUCCUCAGAGAGUACAAUUAGAAGAUUAGAUUAUUACUGUUUAUAGUGGUUAUGUCAUUUGCGCAUCAUUCUGAGAAUGAAGUGUAAAGUUUUAUAUUGUGAUUUUGCAUGUUAUGUAUGAACUGUGGGAAAUAAAAUGAUGCAUGUUGUAUAAUGCUUGGAUAUUGCUAAAAGGAUAACACUAUUUAAACCAGAGGUCCCCAAUUGGUGUUCCGCAAAACCCAAGUGUUCCUUGAAAGGUCACAGGUGUUCCGAAAGUUAGGACUUUUUAUUUACCAUGAUUUUACAAAACAUCCUAAUCAAUUAAGAAGCCUUGCAAUAAAAUUUAUAUAUAAUUACCCUUUCAUCAAUUAUAAUUUGAACUGAUAACUAUUGUCAAUGUUUACUUUUGUCCUAUUUUUAUUUAAAUUAAAACCAUAAUUCAGUUUAUGUAUACAAUAAAAUCUAGUUGAGAACUAGAAUGAUACUAAUCUAGGCCUGUAAAUUCCAACUGCCUGACAUAAAACCUAAUUUUAAGACCAGUAAAUUCAAUUGAUAAAAUUAGUCUUACGAUUGAAAGUUUUCCUUCAU